CCCACUCAGAUUGUCUUUGUCUUCAUCUCUCCACCACACUUGAACGCUUUGCCUCGACCCCCCAUCUAGGAUCUCAAUUCCCUUUGGCCGACCUCUCAAGGCGAAUCACAAGGCGAACAGGAUGUAUCUCUCCGAUAUCGCCAGCGAGGCGUACUACUCCCAUUCGUCGCACCGCCUCCCGCGCACGCGCUCUCGCGGUAAUUUUGACUCAAGCACCCUGUUCUCUGGCUCCCAAUCCGGGAUCGGCGGGCCCGCGCGCCGCACGAGCCACCUGCACCGCGACCACCAUCGCGACCGCACGCGCUCUUCGCCGUCCGCUGCACCCACGAGCAUCCCGCUCGACGACAACUUCGACGCAUACACCACCGAGGUCCCGACGGAGUGGCAUGCGGACGAUCCCGACGGCGACGGUGGUGGCAAUGGCGACGGACACACCGAGUACGAUCGCGACGAGAGCGUCAGCGGGUACCGGAACUACGUGACGGAGAUGGAGCGGAUGCUCGCGGGCCAGAUGGAGAACGCCGCGCGCGCGCAGGAGCGGCAGUACCACCAGUACCAGGAACGGCUCCACCAGCAGAGCCAGAGCCAGAAUCACGACCAAAUUCAAGAUCAGAACGAGCACCGCGGCGGCCUCAAUAGGAGCGUCAGCUUGAGCGAGAGCGGCCGCGGCUCGUCGAAAGUGGGCGGCGGCCGGCGGAGUCUCGCGAACCCACAGCAGCUGCAGCUGCCGCUGUCGCCGGUGCCCCCGCCGGAGAACGCGCGAGAGGUUUCGGGUAAGAAGGGCCGGAUAGAGCUCGUCGAGCAGCGGAUUAUCGAGGACUCGCCCGUGCGCACGAUCUCCCUUUGGCGCGAGCGCGUCGCUGCGAACAGUGCUGGCGGGACACGCAACGGGGAAGACGACGGAGCGGAUAUCCAUGGGAAUGCCAGAUCGCGCGGACACCGGAGGGUGCCGUCGAGCGGAGCGAACUCGGUGGCGGACACAAGGCUUAGGAGAGUUGUGAGCGAGCGACCGAGGUAUGCGGAGAGCAUGGAGGGAAGCGGGAUGAGGAAUGGAAGCGUACGGGGCAUCGAGGGUGGAAAAUCAGGGAGGGCGACGUACGAGCGCAGCGAGUACAUGGUCUCGUAUAAGCAAGCGACGACGGGCGGGAUGCCCAAGGAGCUGUUCUCCCCCAUCUCGCAGGCGAGGGAUGUCAUGACACCGACCAGCCCGACACUGAGCAGAAUGCAUUCUCCGCCAUCCCCGUCGUUGCGUCGUCACGCCCAUCGGAAGUCGCUGGAGAGGAGCGAGUAUAUGAUGUCCUACCCGCAGACCCCACCCCUCACCGAUAGCCAGGCAAGCUCGUCCAGUCCUGGUCCCACGAAAGGCAGAAAUCAAAAUGACCGGUCGCACGAGGAAGCAAGCACACAGCGAGUGACGUCGACGUCCUCGGUGGAGGUUAUUCUAUCGUCCUGCGACCCUUCGCUGCUGCACAUCGCCCCGAUCUUGUACGAUUUGGGGAUCAAGCGCGUCGACCAUCUGCGUGCCAUCGCCAGGCUGGGAGAGGGGACAAGAGACAGAGAGGUCAAAGAGGAAGCAUUGAGACGGGGGGUGACUGUCUUGGAGUGGGCGAUCUUCUUGGACAAGCUGCAAAGCCUGUAA